AUUUUUUAGUUCGAAUGGAACAGGAUGAAGAUGCAGGAGCGAUUUUUGAUCAAUAAAAUAUCUAAUGGAUUUAUGAGGAGCAAUAAAAAAUGGAAGCAAGAUUUAAGGAAAGUGGCUGGUAAUUGUUUUCUCGAUCCCAGCCAAAAGUCAAUUCUUCAAAACCUAUUCAGUUUAUGCAACUAGAAUGUGAUUAUUAUACUCUAGGGGGAUAGAGUAUAAUAAGAAUGUUUGGUGUCACAGCUGAAGGGAAUUCCAUACUAUGUCACGUUUUUAAUUUUUUAUCAUUCUUCUAUAUGCAAGCACCUUAGGAAUUGUUGUUGGAGCCUUAACACAUCCAAUAAUUUUAAAAGGAAUUGAAUAUUUUAUUAGCAAAGCAAAAAACCUUUGGUGGCAAAGAACCAAUAGUAAAGAUAGAAGUGUGUCAGAAAGAGUCGAUAAGAUACUACAAGGGAGAUAACAAAAAAUACAAUUAUUUAAAAAUAUACGUAGUCCAACCAAUUUUUGUUGCAUAAAUAAGAAACUUCUUAAAAAGUGAUAAUAGAAUGGUGUGUGAUAUGGAGCUACCACAAUUAACUUUUGAAUCAAACAUACCAUAUGCAUUAAGAUUUAUGAUUGAAUAUGAUAUAGUAGGUAUGGGUUGGAUAGAAUUGAAGGAUUACGCGAUAAGAGACAAUAAAAACAAAAUAUCAUCUUGCUAGAUAGAAGUCAAUAUAGAUUGUUAACACGUAAAGGCCAUUCCUUUGGAUGAGAAAUCAGAGAUUGCUCCCUUGCGAAUUUUAUCAUUUGAUAUAGAGUGUGCAGCUGAGAAGGGAUUUCCAAAUGAGGAACAUGAUCCCAUAAUCUAGAUUGCUUGUAUUGUAAAAGUGCACAAUCGAAAUGAAGAGCUAAUCAGAGUUGUAUUCACACUGGGUGAUUGCGAGAAGAUUCCAGGAGCUUGGGUUAAGUCUUUUUAGAAAGAGCAAGAUUUGUUAAAUGAAUUUUAAGUGUUCUUUUAGGGUUUAGACCCUGAUAUUAUAAUUGGUUAUAAUAUUUAGAAUUUUGAUAUACCUUACAUAUUGAAUAGAGCCCAAAAUUUGAAGCUGAAGAAUUAUGGUAAAUUUGGUAGAAUUCCAACAGCCUAAUCAACAAUUAAGAAUGGUAAAUUCUUAAGUAAGGCUAUGGGAAUGAGAGAAACAAAAGACAUUAAUAUAGAAGGGAGAAUACAAUUGGAUAUGAUGAUUCACAUGAUGAAAGAACAUAAACUAUCUUCAUUUUCAUUGAAUAAUGUUAGUUUUUAAUUCUUAAAAUAAUAAAAAGAAGAUGUGCAUUAUUCAAUUAUUUAUACUCUUUAAAAUAGUAAUUAUUUUCAUUUUAUAAUCCUUUAGAAAAUCCAGAGACAAGAAAAAGGAUAGCAGUAUAUUGUCUAAAAGAUGCUGAAUUGCCAAUAUUAUUGAUGGAUAAGUUAUGUUGUCUUUAUAAUUAUGCAGAAAUGGCAAGAGUCACCGGUGUACCAGUCAAUUAUUUAUUUAUGAGAGGUUAGCAGAUAAAGGUGGCAUCUUAGUUAUUGAGAAAAGCCAAACAUUAUGAUUUCAUAAUCCCAACUGAACAAUUCAAGUCUACAGACUAGGAGUAUUAAGGAGCAUUCGUAUUGGAUCCAGUGAAGAACUUUUACAAGGUUCCAAUUGCCACUCUUGACUUUGCCUCUUUGUAUCCUAGUAUCAUGAUGGCUCAUAACAUGUGUUACAGUACAUUGUUGAAUACAUCUCCUUUUAAGGUAGGCUUAGUUGAUGAACAAGUUACAGUGUCUCCAGAAACUAAUGCUGUAUUUGUUAAACCAAAUGUUAGAAAAGGAAUGCUUCCAUUGAUUCUUGAGGAUCUCAUUAAUGCAAGAAAGAAAGCAAAGAAUCAAUUAGCUUAAGAGACUGAUCCUUUUAAAAAGGCAGUGUUAGAUGGUAGACAACUGGCCUUGAAAAUAUCAGCUAAUUCAGUUUAUGGAUUCACUGGCGCUUAAGUUGGUUAAUUGCCCUGUUUAGAAAUAUCAGCAUCAAUUACCAGUUUUGGUCGACAAAUGAUUCAAUUUACAAGAGAUACAGUUCUUGAACAUUAUAGUAAGAAAAAUGGAGCUGAAUUCGAUGCAGAAGUUAUCUAUGGAGAUACUGAUUCUGUCAUGGUCAAAUUUGGUGAUUAUUCAGUUGAAAAAGCUAUGGCUUUGGGGAGAGAAGCUGCAGCUUUGAUCUCAAAAAAAUUCAUUUAGCCUAUAAAGCUUGAAUUUGAAAAGGUCUAUUAUCCAUAUCUACUUAUGAAUAGAAAGAGAUAUGCUGGAUAAUUAUGGACUAAACCUGAUAAACCUGAUAAAAUUGAUACUAAAGGUAUUGAGAGUGUCAGGAGAGAUAAUUGUUUUCUUAUUAGAAAAAUGGUUACAGAGAUCUUGAACUUCCUUCUUAUUAAACAAGAUGAAAAAUCGGCUGUUUAGUAUACAAAAGAAUAGAUCAGAAAUUUGUAUCUAAAUAAAGUUGAUAUCUCUGAAUUGGUUAUCACAAAAUCCCUUAACAGUAAAAAGGAAGAUAAAGAUAAGGAUAACAAUAAAGAAAAAAAGAAAAAUCAAAAUGAAGAUGAUGGAAACAAAUUAACUAAAAAUUAUAAACAAAAAUAAGCACAUGUUGUUGUUGCUGAAAAAAUGCAGAAUAGAGAUGCAUCCAAUGCUCCAUCAGCUGGUGAUAGAAUUGCCUACAUCAUCAUUUAAGGGGCUAAAGGAUCUAAGACAUAUGAAAAUGCAGAGGAUCCUGUAGAAGUCUUGGAAAAAGAUUUCCCUAUUGAUUUUGAUUACUAUGUCAAUAAUCAAAUCAAAAAACCUAUCAUGAGACUAUUUGAAUUUGUUAUACCUAAUCCAGAGAGCAUCUUUGUCGGUGAUCAUACCAUGUCAAGAUAUAUACCAAAGGUUAAUAUCAAUUCUGCUUUGGGAAAAUUUGUGUAGAAAAAAACAGCCUGUUUGGGUUGCAAAAAAGUAAUCAAAGAUAAUGAAGCCCUUUGCAAUUUUUGUUAGGAUAAGACAUUAGAAAUGAUGACUAAAUCAUCGAUUGUAAUUUUAUUAUUAAUUUCUAGAAACUGUAAGAACUGUAAAUCAAUUAUCACAAAUACUGGACAACCUGUUAGAGUUGUUAAGGAUCCUUAUUAGGAGAUAUCUUAUGUAGUAAUCGAGAUUGCGAAAUUUACUAUAAAAGAAUCAAGGUUCAACGUGAUCUUAAGGAAUAAUGGGAUGAAAUUGAUAAAUUAUAUGCUUAACAAUAAUGAACU